UUCCUUUCCUCCCUGUGAGUCCAGCUGUCUCCUUGUUAAAGCUUCUUCUUCAGCCUUGUACAAUGGAGAGUGGGCAAAUGUUGCCUAUCUAUCUUAUGGGCCUGUGCUGCAGCAUGUGUAUGGUUGCAGCCAUCCAGAGGGCCCAAAUGUUCCCCUAUGGUACAUUAAGUGGAGAUUCAAUUUUGGAAGAAGGAGACGAUGAAACCUCCAAAGUCGUAUCUCUGCCCAAACCCUUCUACUUCUACGACACCCCCUUCUCCAAGCUUUAUGUGGCCACCAAUGGGAUCAUUUCAGCUCAGGACUUACCCAUGGAAAAUCAGUACGUUGACGAUGGCUUCCCCACAGACUUCCCGGUGGUGGCGCCGUUUCUGGCUGAUAUGGACACGAGUGGAGGACGAGGACAGAUUUAUUACAGGCUGACUGAAUCGCCCAGCGUUCUCAACAGAGUGGCCCAGGAAGUUCACCAAGGGUUUCCGGAUGCCAAAUUCACACCUACCCACGCUGUGGUGGCAACAUGGGAGAAUGUGGCCGCACAUGAGGAGCCCACUCGAACCAGCGGGGGGGCCUCAAGCAAGGUCAACACCUUCCAGGCGGUAAUUGGUUACGAUGAAACCGACUCGUACGUUCUCUUCCUCUAUCCCGAACAUGGCCUGAACUUCUUUGGGACGAGACCCAAGGAGUCAUAUAACGUGGAGAUAGAACUUGCCGCUCGGGUGGGAUUCAGCAGAGGAGAAAUAACCUAUCUCAUUUUUUCCCGAACGGAGGGACCUUACUACAGUGUGACCGGCAACGAGCAGAGUAUCAAACAUCUCGACAAAGUUGGUAACACUGGAAAUCCAGGCGUUUGGCUAUUUCACACUGGGAACCGCUAUUCAUUUGACAACAUUGUCCCUGCAUCCAUUGGUGGUCUCCUUGCAGCAACUUCCUCAAGAGAUUACGACCAAUCUCUGGGUGCCACAACCCCCGAGUAUGACUUUGAAGAGUACUCAUACAAAGGCAACCUUGACCUUGCCCAUCAAGAACAAGAAAGUGUUUUCCCUGUGGCUGUUGAAGAUCGAGAAUUCCAGCCAGUGCUCGCUAAUGAAUCCCUACAGCCAGGAAGCUCCAAUCUUCCUAUAGCAGCAUCCCAAGUCUCUCACGAUGGUGAAGAUUUACCUUUGACCUCUGAACCAAAGCUCAGAUCAGAGGUAGUGGAGAGGCAGUAUGCACCGCCAUCUCCUCAAGAGGCCAACCCAGAUGGGGGUGCUCAGUGGUCAGGGGAGCAGCAACCACAGGUUCCUGUGGAGGUGGGAGAUUUGUAUCCCCCUCACAGAAAUGAGCCGCCACUGUCCCCUGGAGGUCAUGUGGUCAGUGUGGAGGAAGAUGUUGACUUUGACACAGGAGUGAUUCAUUACACCACUGAAAAUAAGGAAACAUGUGCAAGAUUCCAGCAGCAGUGCUCUCAGAAUGCAUUUUGCUCUGACUAUGCAACGGGUUUCUGCUGUCAUUGUCGACCCGGCUUUUAUGGGAAUGGCCACCACUGCCUGCCGGAUGCCGCCCCCCAGCGCGUCAGUGGCAAACUCAGCGGAACUGUGACCGUGGGUUUGACUCCUGUGGAGCUCAACAACAUCGAUCUGCAUGCUUACAUUGUGGUGGGAGAUGGGAGGGCUUACACAGCCGUCAGUGAGAUCCCCGAGCCGGUGGGCUGGGCCCUGAUGCCAGCUGCGCCGAUCGGAGAGCUGUUCGGGUGGCUGUUUGCGCUGGAGCUGCCUAACAGCCAAGCAGGAUUCAAAACAACAGGGGCUGAGUUCACUCGUCGUGCCGAGCUUGUUUUUUACCCGGGCAACCAGCGGCUAUCAAUCACUCAGACAGGACGAGGCCUCGACGAUCACAAUCACUUCACUGUAGACACUGUGCUCAGUGGCGGUGUACCUUUUCUACCUCCUGCUUCUGAAGUUACCAUGGAUCCCUUUAAGGAAACAUACCAUUACUACCCAUCAGUUGCCACAUCCAGCUCCGUGAGAGAGUAUACCGUGGUCUCACCGGACCAAGGAUCCGAAUCCUUCUCAUUCCAGCUAAAACAGAACAUCACCUUCCGUGACUGUCGACAUGGCAACAGGGCUCUGCCUGUGGAGACCCUGCAGAUUACCAUGGAGAGGGUGUUUGUGAUGUAUGUGAAGGAGGAGCGGAUCCUGAGAUAUGCCAUCACCAACAAGAUCAGCCCAGUAGGAGCGGGUUUGACAGGACCAGAGCUGGUUAACCCUUGCUAUGAUGGAACCCAUGACUGCGACACAACUGCUCAGUGCAUUCCACUGGAGGACAAAGCUUUCCAGUGCCGAUGUGGAACUGGUUACAGAGGGGAUGGACAAAACUGUUACGAUGUCGAUGAGUGUGCGGAGAGCUUGCUGACAUGUGGUGCUCAUUCGCAAUGCAUCAACUUACCUGGUAGCCAUCGCUGCCAGUGCCAGAGCGGCUAUGAAUUUGGUUUUGAUGGCCGUACCUGUGUUGACAUGGAUGAGUGCAGCUCCUCUCCAUGCCACAUCAAUGCAAGAUGCACCAACAGUUUAGGCUCAUUCCAUUGUCAGUGCCAGAAUGGCUUUGAUGGAGAUGGUUUCCUCUGCUCCCAACAAGGACAGACGGAUGGUACUAAGAGCCUGUGUGAGCAGCACAGGGACAGUCUACAGAAUGGGCCUGGCCAAGAUAGUCGACUUCCUGUUGGGUUCUUUAUCCCUCAGUGUGACUCUGAUGGACGAUACAGACCACUGCAGUGCCAUGGUUCUACUGGACAUUGUUGGUGUGUGGAUCAUCGGGGGCAAGAGAUAGAUGGAAGCAGGACUCCUCCUGGUAUGACACCAACAGACUGUGAUAGACAUGCAGGGCAACCAGUAGAACCUAAAUCUCAAUGUGAGCACCACAGAGACAGUGUACAGACCUCCAGUCCAGAGGGUUAUCCUUUGGUUGGAGUCUUUGUACCUCAAUGUGAUACAAAUGGAAAGUAUACACCUCAACAAUGUCAUGGCUCUACUGGACAUUGUUGGUGUGUGGACAGCCAGGGACAGGAAAGACCUGGAACCAGAACUCCGCCUGGUACAACACCCAUUGACUGUGAGAGACCAGAUGAACGUCCUAAAACCCACUGUGAAUACCUUAGAGAAAGCGGACAGACUACAAAUUCAGAUGGCUAUCCACUCGUGGGAGCGUUUGUACCUCAGUGUGAUGCUAAUGGACAAUACACACCUCUGCAGUGUCAUGACUCGACUGGGCAUUGUUGGUGUGUAGACAGCCAGGGACAAGAAAGACCCAGAACCAGAACAAGGCCUGGUGAACAACCCACAGACUGUAGCAAACCAGAUGAACCAGAUCAUGCAAAAACCCACUGUGAACAUCACAGAGACAGCUCACAGGCCACUAGUCCAGAGGGUUAUCCAAUAGUUGGUGCCUUUGUACCUCAGUGUGACUCAAAUGGACAUUACACACCGUUACAGUGUCAUGGCUCUACUGGACAUUGUUGGUGUGUUGACAGCCACGGACAGGAAAGACCUGGAACAAGAACUCCACCUGGUACUACACCGACUAACUGUGCCCACCAAGAAGAGCCUGGACGCCUUAAAAGUCAUUGUGAGCAGCACAGAGACAGUGUGCAGACCACCAGUCCAGAGGGUUAUCCACUUGUGGGAGCCUUUGUACCUCAAUGUGAUGCUAACGGACAGUACACUCCUCAGCAGUGUCAUGGUUCUAGUGGACAUUGUUGGUGCGUGAACAACAAAGGGGAAGAACGAUCUGGUACUAGAACUCCUCCUGGUACAACACCCGUUGACUGUGAAAAACCAGAACGUCCUAAAAGUCACUGUGAGUUGCACAGAGAUAGUAUACAGACGACAAGUUCAGAGGGUUAUCCACUGGUAGGAGCCUUUGUACCCCAGUGUGAUGCUAAUGGAGAGUACACUCCUCAACAGUGUCAGGUUUCCACUGGGCAUUGCUGGUGUGUGGACAGACAAGGACAAGAAAGACCUGGUACAAGAAGUCCUCCAGGUGCAACACCCAUCGACUGUAAAAACACAGAACUUCCCAGAAGCCACUGUGAGAGGCAAAGAGACAGUGUGCAGACCACCAGUCCAGAGGGUUAUCCCAUAUUGGGAGCCUUUGUACCGCAGUGUGAUGCUAAUGGACACUAUACUCCUCAACAGUGUCACAGUUCGAGUGGGCAUUGUUGGUGUGUGGAUAACCAAGGGCAAGAGAGACCUGGUACGAGAACUCCUCCUGGUGUAGCACCCAUUGAAUGCAACAAACCAGAACGUCCCAAAAGCCACUGUGAACAGCACAAAGACAGUAUAGAGACCACCAGUCCAGAGGGUUAUCCCCUGUUGGGAGCCUUUGUACCUCAGUGUGAUGCUGAUGGGGAAUAUUCACCUCAACAGUGCCACGGAUCUACUGGACAGUGCUGGUGUGUGGACAGCCAAGGACAGGAAAGACCUGGAACCAGAACACCUCCUGGUACAACACCCAUUGACUGUGAGAGAAAAGAUGAACGUCCGAAAACCCAUUGUGAACACCACAGAGACCGUGUACAGACAACCAGUCCUGAAGGAUAUCCAUUAGUCGGAUCCUUUGUACCUCAGUGUGAUACUAAUGGACAGUACACACCUCAACAAUGUCAUGGCUCUACUGGACAUUGUUGGUGUGUUGACAGUCAAGGACAUGAAAGACCCGGAACCAGAACUCCACCUGGUGAAACACCCACUGACUGUGAGCAACCAGGUGAACAUCCCAAAACCCAUUGUGAGCACCACAGAGACCGUGCGCAGACCACCAGUCCCGAAGGAUAUGCUUUAAUUGGAGCCUUCAUACCUCAAUGCGAUAAUAAUGGACAGUACACACCUCAGCAAUGUCAUGGCUCCACUGGACAUUGUUGGUGUGUGGACAGCCAAGGACAGGAAAGACCUGGAACCAGAACGCUGCCUGGCACAACACCCAUUGACUGUGAGAGACCGGAUGAGAGUCCUAAAACCCACUGCGAAUACUACAGAGACCGUGUACAGACCACCAGUCCUGAAGGACAUCCUUUAGUCGGAGCUUUCGUAACUCAGUGUGAUACUAAUGGACAAUACAUACCGCAACAGUGUCACGGCUCUACUGGACAUUGUUGGUGUGUGGACAGCCAAGGACAGGAGAGACCUGGAACCAGAACUUCCCCUGGCACAACACCCAUUGACUGUCAGAGACAUGAUGAACGUCCUAAAACCCACUGUGAACACCACAGGGAUCGUGUAGAGACUACCAGUCCUGAAGGAUAUCCAUUAGUCGGAGCCUUUGUACCUCAGUGUGAUACUAAUGGACAAUAUACACCCCAACAGUGUCACGGUUCUUCUGGACAUUGUUGGUGUGUGGACAGUCAAGGCCAGGAAAGACCUGGAACCAGAACUCCCCCGGGCACAACACCCAUUGACUGUGAGAAACCGGACGAACGUCCUAAAACCCACUGUGAACACCACAGAGACCGUGCACAGACGACCAGUUCAGAAGGUUAUUCACUAGUAGGUGUCUUUGUACCUCAGUGUGAUGCGAAUGGACAGUACAUUCCUCAACAGUGCCACAGCUCCAUUGGACAGUGUUGGUGUGUGGACCGCAAUGGCCAAGAGAGAGCAGGAACAAGAUCUCAAGAUGCAUUUUCACCUAUAGACUGUGACAAGCCAGUCUACGUGGCUCCAACCGAACGUCCCGAGAGUGUGUGUGAGCGCUGGAGGAGCAGUUUAAUGGAGCACUAUGGUGGGAAGCCAGAACCACAACAGUACCUGCCUCAGUGUGAGCCAGAUGGGCAGUUCAGUCCAGUUCAGUGCUAUGGGGAGACCACCUAUUGUUGGUGUGUGGACCAGGAUGGGCGAGAGGUUCCUGGUACCAGGUCAAAUGAUGUCGUCAAGCCUGCAUGCCUUCCAUCAGUGGCUCCACCAAUCACUCUCCCAUUACCCCGUCCAGAUGUGACUCCUCCCCCUAAUGCUGAUGUCACAUUGCUCUAUGCUCAGGGACAGAAGAUAGGAGCACUUCCUCUCAACGGGAGCAGACUAGAUACAAGCCGGUCCAGAACGUUACUGACUCUACAUGGCUCCAUAGUUGUUGGUCUGUCCUAUGACUGCAAACAGAACCAAGUAUAUUGGACAGAUUUGUCUGCGCGGACCAUUAAUAGAGCAUUACUGGUGCCAGGAGCUGAGCCAGAGAUACUCAUAAACUCAAAUCUGGUCAGUCCAGAGGGGUUGGCUGUGGAUGUUAAUCGAAGAUUGAUGUUCUGGGUGGAUUCCAACCCUGACCUAAUCGAAAGGUCCAACUUGGAUGGCAGUGAUAGAAAGACACUUUUCGACUCAGACUUGGUCAACCCACGGGCCAUAAUUGUGGUCUCUUCAACCGGUUCUCUGUACUGGACCGACUGGAAUCGAGAGGCUCCCAAAAUUGAGACCGCGUCAGUGGAUGGACGGAACCGCCGGGUGGUGGUUUCUGAUGGAAUUGGUUUACCUAAUGCGCUGACGUUUGACUAUUCUUCUGGGCAAAUCUGCUGGGCCGAUGCAGGUACUAAGCGGUUAGAAUGUAUAUUGCCAGACGGCUCAGGGCGAAGAGUAAUCAACCCCGGACUGAACUAUCCCUUUAGCAUGGUUUACCACAGAAACCACUUCUAUUACACUGACUGGAGGAGGGACGGUGUGAUCACAGUCAAUAAACACAGUGGAAAGCUCACUGAUGAAUAUUUGCCAGAGCAGAGGUCUCACCUGUAUGGAAUCGCCAUAGCAACAUCCCACUGCCUAUCAGGGAACCAUUAACAGCAGAAUUGCAGCAACACGGUCCUUUGGUGCUAAAGUUUUUGGGCCAUUUUUUGAGCCGAGUGUGUGUCAAGUCCUCCCACCUUCCCGAGGAUCAGACCCUCCACCCCCCUCCUAAAGAUAUAACCGCACAUUAAAUGUUUUGUACAUUUGUUUUGUACCUCAUAUUUUUCCCCCAAAUGAAUUUUUAUAUGCAAGUUUGUUUUUGUAGCCACCAAAGCCUAAGAGUAAUAUCACAUUUUAAAAAUUUGUGUUUAAGAAACAGAGCUGUAAACCCUUUGCACACAACCUGUAGAAGAAAUAAAAGAGCCAAGUUUCUAUUCAGCAGUAGAUGAGCUCAAUUUAGCGUAGUAUGAGGACAGGAAGCAGGAGGAAACAGCCAUCCAAACUGAGGAAUGUAAUCAAAUUACAAUCACUACGGCUUCUCUCAUUUCCCACUGUCUCUCACAAUGCAGCAGCUCCAUCCAUGCCACCAAUACCCUGCACCACCAAAGUCUCCUAAUCCCCACUUUCUGAUUUCUCUCUUUAUAAGAUAGGUUUAUAAGAUGUGAUAUUUAUAACAAUAAAAUGUGUUUUGGU